AUGCUUGAUCAAGAAAUUAAACCAAAUGAAUACAGUGAAUUACGAAAUAUGUAUAAAGACACCAUCGAUUUGUAUAAUACAUUAUACCAGUUAAAAACGAAAAAUGAAGAAGAUUUAAACUCAAUUUACAAAAAGAUCAAAACAAUUUUGAUAAAUUCGAGGACAUAUUCUCCCAAACGCAUUAUUAGAGAUAUUUUAAGCAUAAUUGAAUAUAAUAAUCGCUAUAUGAAGUCAUACUUGAAACUUGCCAAACUUAUAUAUGAUGAUUAUCAUGUUACAAAAGUCAAAAAUGCAUGGGAUAUUUCUAAAUACCUAUUUUACAAAGAAUAUGGAAUUAGAAUAGACUAUCCUAGUGUUUGCGAAUACGCUCCUUUUUCAAAUCUCGAUAUUCAUGAAGAAAAUUCAAUUUACAGAAUAAUUAUGGAUAAUGACAAAGAAAGUUUCAUCUCAUAUACGGCACAAGAAGGUUUUAAUAAAUAUCGAAGAAUUGAGAACUUUUUAUUUCCAAUUUCAAUCGAAGGAUAUACAUUACUUGAAUUAUGUUGUUAUUAUGGAUCAGUUGAUUGUUUCAAGUUUUUGAGAUCGGAAUUUAACUCAGUAAUAACUCAACAAUGUCUAGAGGUAUCAUUUUUAGGCGGAAACCCAGAAAUCAUUAGCGAAUGUUUGAAAUAUAAAACACCAAAUAAAGAAUGCAUGAAAUAUGCAAUAAUUUCACACAACAUCGAUUUUGUUACAUUCUUGAUAAAUGAAUACAAUAUAAAGAUUGAUUUACAUUUUUGCAUAGAAUAUAAAAAUCUUGAAUCAUUUUUAGUUUAUUUCGAUCAAACUAAUAAUAUUAACAAGUGCUUCUUAUAUUCAACAAAUUUUAAUAUUCCAUCACUUAGCGAAUAUUUCCUUUCACUUGGUGCAAAUAUCAAUGAAAAAAAUAUGGAUGGUGAUGAAGGAACAGCUCUUCAAAUCGCAGUAACAAAUAACUGUAAAAAAUUAAUCAAUCUUCUUCUUUCACACGGUAUAAAUGUUAAUGAAAAAAAUUAUUAUGCAAACACAGCUCUACAUAUUGCAGUAAUUUUCAAAAGAAAAGAAAUCAUCGAACAACUUAUUUCACAUGGUGUAAAUAUCAAUGAAAAAGAUAGACGUGGAAGAACGAGUCUACAUAUUGCUGUAGGCAAAAAUAAUAAUAAAAUAGUGGAUCUUCUUGUUUCACAUUGUGUAAAUAUCAAUGAAAAAGAUAAUGAUGGAGAUACCGCUCUUCAUAUAGCGGCAUAUAAAACUAAGGAAAUAGUCGAACUCCUUAUUUCACAUGGUGCAAAUAUUAAUGAAAAAGAUAGACAUGGAAGAUCUGCUCUUCAUAUUGCAGCAUCAAGUUUUAAUAAAGAAAUAGUCGAACUCCUUAUUUCACAUGGUGCAAAUGUCCAUGAAAAAGAUAACGAUGGAAGAACAGCUCUUCAUAUUGCAGCAUCAAAUAUUAAUAAAGAAAUUACCGAACUCCUUAUUUCACAUGGUGCAAAUAUCAAUGAAAAAGAUCAAUGGGGGUCUACUGCUCUUCAUAUUGCUACAUGUUAUGGUAGUAAAGAAAUCAUUGAGCUUCUUCUUUCACAUGGAGCAAAUAUUAAUGAGCAAGAUAUAUAUGGAACAACUGCCCUUCAUAUUGCAGCAGAAAAUAAUUGUAAAGAAACCAUCAUACUUCUUCUUUCACAUGGAGCAAAUGGUUGGCAUUCCAUGUGGUUUUUAAAAUCAUUAUGCUGGAUAAACUAG